AUUAAGCUGAAGGGUGCAAAGCCAGCACCUCACCUCCUGCUUGCAGGGAAGUCAGGAUUGGGGGAGUGUUAAAAGGAUUCACAUAGACACAAGAGUGUGCACACACGGGCACGUACACAUGCACAGCCGAACCCCUCUGAUAAAACUGGGCACUGUGCCGCAGCUCUGUGGUUGGGGAAACUGAGGCACGGAGGGGCACUGCAGUAGGGUCAAGGGGCAGCAGCCAGUGGCACGGGGUGGGGGGGGGGGUUGUCCAUCUUCUAAGGAAGACUGAAGUGACCCUCUCGCUCCCCUUUCCCGUCCCGCCAGCCCCAGGGGACACCCUGGCCCCAUGCAAGGCCAUCCCUGCCCUUCGCCGAGCUGCCAUCACCAUCCCCAUGAGAUGCUCGGCCAGCCCAGUGUCCCCAGCUGGCUGGGGACCAUCUGUCCUUGUGUCCCCAGCAAAGGGGAUGCUACACCUCCCUGAAACCCCCCCAUUUCCCUCCUUCCAGGUUCAGUUGCUGGCCUGCCCCCAUGCCAACCCCCAGUCCCAGCUUUCCCAGCAUGGGACUGGGAUGGGGACUGGGAGCCUGUGGGGUGGUAGAAGCAAAGCAAUGCCUCCAUCUGCUGGAGGAAAGGGCCCUGGGCCGCUUCCCAGCCUCUGCACCCCAAAAUUCCCCGGGGAACCAGGGGGGCUCCCAGCACCCGCCUCACUGGCACGAAGGAGGGUGGCCCUGGUUGCAAAAUAAGCAGGGUGCUGCCAGCACCCUGGGCCUCCUGCAGCCCCCGCAGCCGGGGCAAGAGCUGUCAGGAGAGUAAAAGAGGAAAUCGGGGUUUUUCUCUCAUUUCCUGCAUGAGAAAAAUUAUUGCAUGGCACAAGAGCAGCCGGGAGGUUAAGAGUCGGGGUUACAGCUCGUGCCUGUGCCGAAGGGACUGGGUCCAUCACGGCCUCAGGGACACCCGUGGGAGCCAGGGCUGAGCCCACCCGCUCCUUCGGCAGCUUUUGGGGGACGAGAGUUGCCAGGACCGAAGCUGCUGAGAAACCGGUUCAGGUGGUUUUGGUGCCCGCUGUGCCCAGCCCAUGUGCCCACACAGACAGUGCCCCAGGUAUCGCUCUGACCUGCCCUGAGCCGGGCACAGUGCAUCCCCACAGCAGUGAUGUAUUGAGAAUAAAGUUGGGAAAAGAAAAAAAAAAAAACCACACCAAAAAAUACAGCCAAUUAGAAAAAUGCAAUUUUCCAGCAGGUGCCUUUAAAGAUCAUAUCUCCCACUGGGAAGAGAAACCAAUUUCCUUACAAAUUAAAAAGAUUUCAGCUAAGUAAAACUUCCCUGCAUCGGUUCCCCAAAUCCCACCCCUGCGUAGCUCGGGGAGGGGGGCAAAGAGCUUGGUACCCCGGACCAGAAACUGCAAUUGCCAUCAGUGUCCUGCAGCUGCUUUAUCAGCCUGGCAGAGGCAGAGGAACCCACCGAUGGAUUCAGGGGUGACUUGUGGCUUGGAGGAGCAUUUGCUUACUAGUCCUGCAGGGCUUAGCGAUAUAAAAUCACAGUCCUUUUUAAGGGCUUGAGUUGCUUUUAAAUGUGGCAUUGUCUCCUUUAUUAUAAUAGGAGGCAUCAGGAAAUUUGCAGCUAAUAUUUCUGCAAAAGGCAAUUCCUGCCUACCCCGCUGUGGGGCUCCUCCGGGCUCGUGCCACCUCUCUCUAGUUUGGUAGGGCCACAUUCAUUGCAUUAAUUCUGUACUUUUAUUCCUGAUGGUCUCUGGUGUAGCUUGAAGUUAACAUUACUCAUUAGGGAAAAAUAUUGAUGCUUCUAAUAAUAGAUUUACUGUUGCUUAAAACAGUUUGUAGUACAGUCAUUAACAUAAAUGACUUACUGGGGUGAGGGACAUCAUACAUACACUGACCCCGUUGCUGAACACCAUCAAUAAGCCCAGGAUCCUGCUGAAUCCUAAAUGCUCCAUUUAUAUUCUUUAUUUUUACAGCAUUAUAGCCCUAGAUGAUGUGUUGAGGGAGCAGCACAAAGCCAAAACUCACUGCUGGGCAGAGAUGGGCUGCAGGCUGGCUGGGGCGCAGGGAUGAGCAGCUCCAGCGGCAAAGCAGGCAGCAGCGUGGGAAGGACCGUGUGGGUACCGAUGCAGCUGAGUUGUGUUGCUUCAUGCUCUAUCAGUGCUUGUUAAGCUCUGGGAGGAAAAAAAAGUGUUUCCUAAUCACUGGGCUCCUCUUGUGCAACGGCUGCAGGAAAUCCCAGCAAAAAAACAUUGAAGAAAACAAAAAAAUUCCACCUUGCCAAUCCAUCUAGAGUAACCUGGAAAGCAGGGAAUUAAUUACCUAAUUUGCAGCGGGGUUUACUGUGGAAAUCCCCCCUUUCAAUACAGCUGCCAUCCAGAAAGCAGCUCGGGAGGAGGAGUGCAAAGCCUCCACGAGCAGCUCAGGGGAAGCAAACCCAUUGCGACAGGUUGCACCAAAAGCGAUGCAAUUACUGCAGCUGCAACAAGAGCCUCCGUGGGCAGCCCGUGGCCCCGGAGCAGCACCGGGGGCUGCCAGGGAGCGAAGCCAAGCCUCCGGCUUCCUUUAGACUUGCGAGAAAUUAGGUUUUGAAAGAACAUCCUCCUGCGAGCGGGGUUGCAGUGAGUUGUGCAAGGCCGAUUCCCGGCGGUGCCAUGGCCAGCGCCGGGGGAGCCUGGGACGGGGAGCGGGAGCCGCUGCCGAGCCGGGAGAUGGAGUUGGAGCCCCUCAGGCCCCCACCGCUGCCAGGGAAAACUCAGAGGGCUUUCAUGCAGGCACGGGGCAGCCUGCGCACCCGCAGCUGCAGCCUGGACCUGGGUGCCCCUGGACUGCCUGCCCCCAUGCCGAACACGCCGGGGGGCUGCCCGCCUCGGCCCCCCGACUCAGCCCUCAUCUACAGCAACGUGGGAGAGCUGCGAGCCCACCUCGUCCCCUGCAAGGCUAGCCGAGGGGAAGGAGCCGGGAGACCCCCCUCUCAGCCCAACCGAGACCCCCUGCCUCCCCCAUUGCCGAAAAAACAGCUCCAGCGAGCGGAGUCCCUCCCGGAGCAGGGGCCAUCCCAGCACCAUCGGGGCAACAACCCCACGUCAUGGGCCAGCAGCAUCCUCUACAGCAUCCCACCACACGAGGAGGGGGCUCCCAGCUCCAUCCCGCCAUGGGACAGACCCUCCUGGGGCCCCAAAAAGCCCCUGACCAAGUCUCAAAGCCUGGGGGAAUCGGUGGCCUGGAGCAACCUGCAAAAAGUCCCAUUGCCCAGCCUGGCAGAGCUGACGUUCGGGACGGCGGACAGAGAGCUGGGGCAGCUCCUGGAGAGCCCGGCCGGGGUGUGCGGGGUGGUGUUGGGGUGCCAGGCAGCCGCCCUGGCCCGGCUUUCGGCUCGAAUCCAGGAGGAGCUCGUAGGGCCGGAGGAGCAGCAGCAGCUGCUGGAGGCAGAGCUGGCAGGGAAGAGCUGGGCAGCGCUCAGCAUCCUGGACCGGGAGCCAUGCUGCGAAAGCAGGGACGCCUGGUAUUUCCGAGUGGGCUUUGCUUUUGAGCAAACCCAGCUGGUGGUUGCAGCCAAGGUUCCCAAGCCGUGCUGCACCAGCCUGGGGGUGCAGAGCUCCCUUGGGGCACACUGCAGCAUCCAGCACCUGAUCGGCCGCUUCACUGACCGCCUCCCUCAGGAGCUGGUGCUCCCGGGAAGCCCUGGGGAAAAAUCACCUUCCAGAGAGGACCCAGCCCAUCUUGCCACCCGCCCUGUCCUGCAGGUCCUCAUUUCUCCUGAGGUUCCCUACCAGACCCUGGCGGGCUUUGUGAAGGGAUCCCACGGUUUGCACAGGACCAGCCCUGGGCACUAUGAACGCCUGGCUUGCCUCCUCCUCUUGCAGGUAUGCAUGGGGCUGGAGCAUCUCCGGGUGCAGAAUGUGGGGCAGGGGGACCUCUGCCCCGAGAAUCUGCUGCUGGUGCAGUGCCCGCGUCCUCCCCGGAGCCAGCAAGGCAAGGAGGCAUCCCUGGGGCUGUCCCUUCCAAGGCUGCUCAUCAGCAGCUUCUUCAAGGUUAAAGACAAGCGAAGAACUUGUUCUACCAGCCAGGAGCAGGACUGGACCAAGGGGCUUGCUGUACCACCUUCCCCAGUGGCAGAUGAGCUGAAUGUAGGCAUGCUGAUCUAUCAAAUCUUGCAUGUGGACAUCUCUCUGGAGAACGCCUUGGGGUUCAGAAGCAAUAGACUUCCUGAAAUCCCUUCCCGGUCCAUCUAUUCCACGGGACUCAAGCAUCUGGCCAUGCUGCUUCUCCACAGAGAUCCCUGCAAGAGGGUCUGCAUCGAGCAGGCAAGGAGCAUCCUGCAGGUCCUGCUCUGGGGGCCUCGCCAGGAGCUCUUUGCCAGGAGCAAGAAAACCCUCGCCCUGCUCCGGACCUGGGUGGAGGUGAAGAGGGCUCUGCUGCUCCUGAAGUUUGCGGAGAAUUCGGCUGGGGCAGUGGGGAGCCCCGGCCUUGAGGAGUGGCUGUGCUGCCAGUACUUCAAGGAGGUCACCGAACACACGCUCUACCAAGUCACCCAGGCUCUCUACGCUCCCUAAAGGCAAGCUGAAGUUCAGCCCACCCAAAAGGUCUCCUCGAAGCCAAGAGCCCAUGAGGACCUGGCCAAAUCCACCAGCUCACAAGGAACCCAAGGGUCCUGGCUGGGAAAACACUGUUUGUGAACCCAAACCCGCUUCCCCUACAGCACAUGAAUGAUGAAGCUGGGACCAAACUCCCACCCGUGGCUCCCACAAUGCAGGAUGUGUUUUUACACCCUCGACCGAUUUUUGUUUGAUACUGUGAAUCUAGUUUAUCGGAGCAUCUCAGGAAAGACGGCUGGAUGGAAGCCACAGGAUCAAGUGCCAAUUUAGUGGCGGAUUAUCCUGAAUAACGUUUGUGGGGCUUAGACUUUGCACAAAACCCCCUCAGACCCCUCCUGCGGCCAUGAAGUUUUCACUGUUUUAAGUAACAAUGCAAAGCCACACAUUAUAGCUCACCUUAAUGCACCAUUAGCAAAGGAGAAAUACAAUACCUCAUACAGCCUGCUCUUUUUAGAAACAAUUUGUGGCAUAGUCACAAGUAUAAAUGACAUUUUAAAGGGGGAAAUACAGCAGCCACACAGCUUCAAUAAAAUCCAGAGCUGAGCCUCUUAAA